UUCCCCGGAGUACGUCAGUUUUGGUUUCCCAUUUUUCUACACGAAGGUUUACCUGUUGAAGUGAGAAAGAGAGAGCUGAGGUGGUUGUCCUUUGAAGUUGAAAAGGCAGAUCUGGGGAUGGAACUGUAUGAGGAGUUAUGGCCGUUUCUUCUCUCUGCAAUUGCUUCCAUGUAUUUAUUUUCUGGGUAUUGGAAGAAGACAAACACAAAUACAGUUAUUAGUGAUGAUGAGAUAAACCCUUCUUUUUCAGAUUCAGAAUCACCUUCAAACCCUAAUUUUGAAGAUGAUUGGAAGGAGUCAACCCCUCCUAAUUCUUCAAAGAAGACAAACACAAAUACGGUUAGUGAUGAUGAGAUAAAUGCUUCUUUAUCAGAUUCAGAAUCAUCUUCAAACCCUAAUUUUGAAGAUGACUGGAAGGAGUCAACCGCUCCUAAUCCUUCAUCCUCCAUCCCUCGCGCACCAUCGAUGGAGGAGUAUGAUGUCUUCUUGAGUUUCAGAGGCCCAGACACUCGCUACGGCUUCACAGAUAUCCUCUACAACUAUCUCAACGACGCUGGAAUUCGCACCUUUAGAGACAAUUGGGAGCUUCGCGAAGGAGAAGAGUUCGGCCCGGAACUUCUCAAAGCAAUCACGGAAUCGAAGAUUUCCAUCCCGAUCUUUUCCCGAAACUAUGCUUCGAGCAAGUGGUGCCUACGCGAGCUCGCCAUGAUGGUGGAGUGCAAGAGAAGUAUGGGCCAGAUCAUUUUACCCAUUUUCUAUGACGUUGAUCCCAUCGACGUGCGGCGUCAAAUGGGGAGUUACCGGGAGGCCUUCAGCGAGCACGAGAGUCGUUUUGAUGCCGAGACUGUACUGGGAUGGAGGGAGGCACUGCGUUAUGUAGCAUCAUUGUCAGGAUGGGAUUUGAACAACGAAACUGGAGGGGAUCAAGGAAAGCUAGUGAAGGCGGUUGUUUCAAAAGUGUUGUUAGAGUUAAAGAAAGGUUACAUGGAGGUAACUGGCUAUUUGGUUGGAAUUGAUCAUCACAUAGAACAAAUGAUGAGAUUGUUAAAUGUUGACUCUAGUGAUGUAAGGAUCGUUGGAAUCCAUGGUAUGGGUGGGCUUGGCAAGACAACUAUUGCCAAGUUAAUCUUAAACAGACUCUCUAAGGGCUUUGAAUACUGUUGCUUCCUUGAAAAUGUUCGAGAAAUCUCACAAAAACAAAAGGGUCUUGUUAGUCUGCAAAAUCAACUUGUCUAUUAUUUACUAAAACGAGAAGGCCCAAACAUAUUUAAUGAAGAUGAUGGAAUCAGAAUUAUCCAAGACAUAGUUUGCACAAAGAAAGUUCUCAUUGUUCUUGACGACGUGGAUCAUAUUUCUCAAUUUGAAAAGCUUGUAGGGAAGCGUGAUUGGUUUGGUUCAGGAAGUAGGAUCAUGGUUACAACAAGAAACAAAAUGGUUCUAGAUUUGAUUGGAGUAGAUUGGGCUUACGAACCCCCAAUAAUGGAACUUCCUGAUUCUCUUCAACUUUUUAGCAAACAUGCCUUUAGAAAGGAAUUCCCUCCAGAAGACUAUGAACUUCUCUCCAAAGAUAUUGCAUCCGCUACUGGAGGACUUCCUUUGGCCCUUGAGAUUCUAGGUUCAUUUUUAUCUGGCAAGAGGAAAGAGACAUGGGAAGCAAUGUUGAAAAAACUCGAAUUUAUACCGGAUGACAAAGUUCUUACAAUAUUGAGAAUAAGUUAUGAUGCUUUAGAGCAUGGGGAAAAGCAGAUAUUUCUUGACAUUGCAUGUCUUCCCAUUAGAGUGGACAAACAAAUUGCUUUAUAUAUGUGGGAGGAUUGUCAAUUUUAUCCUGAAACUGGGAUUGAUAGGCUCAUUCUCAUGUCUUUGGUGAAAAUUGGAGAUGAUAAUACACUAUUGAUGCAUGACCAGCUUAAACUUCUCGGUAGAGAAAUUAUCCGUCGGGAAAAUUUCAAUGAGCCAGAGGCGCGUACUAGGUUGUGGUCUCAUAAGGAAGCCUUGGAUGUAUUGAAGCGACACAUUGGUACUGAAAAGGUUGAAGUCCUCUGUCUUGACUUCAAAUUGGAGGAUCGGGGUGUUUGUUUUAGAAGUGAAGUAUUUGCAGGAUUUUCUUAUCUAAGGUUUCUCAAAGUGGACUAUGCAGAACUAGCUGGAGAUUUUGAUUUUCCAGGAUUAAGAUGGCUUCAUUGGCACAAAUGCCCAGGGAGUUCAACGCCAACCAAUUUUCGUCUCGAAAAUCUAGUCAUUCUUGAUCUAUCAUCGAGCAGCAUUACAGAUGACUGGGAGGCUUGGAGUCAGUUCAAGGUUAACAGGAUGGCAAAAAAGCUGAAAGUUCUAGAUCUUUCAUUUUGCAAUGGCUUAACUAGAACUCCUGAUCUCACCACAUUUGCAUCUUUAGAGAGAUUGAUUCUUAUAGGCUGCAAAAAUAUAUAUCGCAUUGAUCCAUCCAUUUGGAAUCUAAUACGUUUGAGAGUUCUUAACAUUAGUCAAUCUGCCAUAACAAAUUUACCUGAUGGUAUUGGAAAUUUGAAGGAUCUUGAAGAGUUGGAUGCCUCGGGUUGUAAUAGUUUGAGAGGGGAAAUUCCAAUUAGGAUCGAGAGAUUGUCCUCUUUGAGAAAUUUGAGAUUAGAUUUUACGAAGGUUUGUCACCUUCCAGAAAGCAUUUUUGAGCUUCAUAGCCUUCAGACUCUCAACUUACUCGGCUGCAAAGAGCUUCAAUCACUGCCACAGCUUCCUCCUAGUUUGACUUGUCUACUUAUCGCAUGUAAAGAAAUGGAGGCAUUUCCAAGGCUUUCUAACCUGACGAGUUUGAAGACAUUGACUUUUUGUAAUACUGGCAUUAGGACCCUACCAGCAGAGGUUGGUGGCCUUUCGGGGCUCAAGCAACUUAAAAUAGAGUUCUGCCAUAAUCUUCAGUGCAUCAUGGGACUCCCAUCACAUUUACUCAAACUGUCUGUUGAGGAUUGCAAAUCAUUGCAAAGAUUACCAGAUCUCUCAAAUUUGAAAAUUUUAUCAGAACUAAAUGUUUCUGAUUGCCCUGAGCUAAUAAAGAUUCAAGGCCUUGGGAAACUAGAAUUGCUGACAAGUCUAAACAUUUCAUGCUGUCAUAAACUACACGAGCUUGAUGGUCUUGAACUGUUAGAAUCUUUGAGAUACUUGGACAUGACAGAGUGUUCCUUCAAAGAAUUACCAGAUGUAUCCAACUUAAAGAAGUUACAAAGAUUUGUUGCCAUGGACUGUGUGGACCUGAUUGACAUUAAAGGCCUAGACAGAUUGGAAUCCUUAGAAUAUUUGGAUUUACGUGAGUGCAUGUCCCUGGAAAAAUUACCUGAUUUGUCAAAGUUGGGAAUGCUGAAAGAAUUAGUGCUUUGUGAAUGCGACAACUUAGUUGAGGCUGAGGGCAUCUGGGUAUCGAAAUCCUUGGAGAGAUUGGAUAUGUCAAAUUGCGAACAAAUAGAAAAAUUACCGGAUCUGUCACGCCUGGAAAUUUUGAAGGAAUUAAAAAUCAUUCGUUGGGAGAACUUAACUGAGACCGACGGACUUGAGAAGUUGAAAUCAUUAGAAUUAUUGAACAUUGCUGGUUGCAAGUCACUGAGAAAUUUACCUGAUAUAUCAAACCUGAACAGUUUGAUUACUUUAAUAGUUUCUGGUUGUGGGGAGCUAACUGAAAUCUUGGGACUUGAAAAUUUGAAAUCUUUAAGGUUAUUGGAUAUUACUGGAUGCAAGUUGAUUGAGGAAUUACCGUAUUUGCUGAACACAGUGAUACACAGGCAUUCAUCAGAGACACUGCUUCUUACAUGUUCCUAGCAAGCUACCUGGUGGCCUGGUUUUCUAGAUCAAAUAUCCUCAGGUUUUCAAUGAGGAGGAAUCAGGGCUUUUACCAUGUGGAGAACGUGCAUAAUGGACUUCAAAUGAGCUGUUGGAUCAUAUCCAGUUUGAUCAGGGACACGCUGCCAGCAGUCCAUCCAUUAGAAAUCUACAAGAAAUUAUAUGAGAAUUUGAUCAUGAAUGCCAACAAGCAUUCCUGCAGUUUUUUACUGGGCACAUCGGCUUACUCCUGGACGCUUGGAGUCUCUCAGUCCACAUUUGACAAUUUUUCGUUAGCAUUCUAGCUGAUGUCCAGAUGCUGACCUGCCCAGUGUAAUCUCUUUUGCCAGUUACCUGAAGCUGUGUGCUUACUCUUCAAAGGUGACUCUUUCUCAGGUGUUGGAGCUGAUUGCUGUGAACAUGAUUUGGAAUGCUUUUUGAUGGCAUCCUCCUUUUAAAGUCAUGUCAAAAGCACUCCAGGAAAAAGCAGAGAAAAUAAAAUUAUGUUGUCCUUUAAAAACACUUUCACACUCCCUAGUUAUCUCAAAAAGUAUUUUUAUACUCAAUUUUUUGAGGAUGAUUUUACUAUUUUCCUUACUUAAAAAUAGGGUGAAUUGCAAAAGUCAAAAGUUGAGUCUGAAUAUCACAUUCCAAAAAAGAAAAGUUCUGAAGCGGGUUGAACCACAUGAAUCAUGGGCCUGCACCGCACGAUAUACAACUCCUUAUUGCUGCUCUUUACAUAUCUAUAUAAUUUCCUAAACAUAAUUUGAGCAAUUUUGAGUAAACAGCUGCAAUUUUUUUAUGCAUUUUUCAGAAAAUUGGCUAAAUUAUGUAUUCAAUGCAUAUCACACCCCUUACGUGCAAAAAAUACUUUUAAAAUUUUAAUAUGGUGCACAUAGGUUUCUUUGGCAAAUUUAAACCCUAAAUUAUCUUUAUUGAACUAUUUUAUAAAAUAUAUAAAAAUAAAUAAUUUUGUAAAAUGAUUGAAAAAAAUAUUAUUGGAGGACACCCCCUCGCGUGCAAAAACACACCCCUAGAGUUUUAAUUUGGUACAAAUAAGGGUCAACUGACAAAUUUAAAUCCUAAGUUGAUUAAAUUACAAUUGCUGAACUAUUUUAUAAAAUAUAUAAAAAUAAAUAAUUUUGUAAAAUAACCAAAAAUGACAUUAUUGGAGAACAACGACAAUGGACAAGUAAAGAUAAAAAUAGAAAAUAAAAAUAUAAAAGAAAAGUAAAGAUAAAAAUAAAAAGAAAAAAAAAA